AUGGCUCAAGCUGUCAAAGCCCGCGAUGGUAGUGCUGUGAGAAGCGAUUAUAAAGCGAACGACGCAAGCUUGGCGUCAGGCCAUGCUAUGGAAAUAGACAUGGAGAAGAAGCCAAAUAUCAAGCCCCUUGCCCCUCUUCGCUCCUCGGACAGACGCAAAAUAGCAGACCAGAUAAUCAGAGACUUCGACAUAGAGGUGCCUGGCAAUGUUGAAGAGCCAUUAGACAAGAUUCACGAGGCAUCACCUGCCUUGAGCUUGGGUAGCCUACGCAACUCUCUAAUGCCGGAGAACGCCCUUUCAGCCAGGUUCAGCACGACGGCAGGACCUGAUUUGAAGCAGGUUUCUGGGACGGUUUACGCUGGGACACACCCGGGAGAGGAGCAACGCAUACUGUGGUUCAAAAUUGAAGAGAGGCUCAUCCCGACUGUCUACACACUGUGGCGGCAUCCACAACUGGUACCUCUCCUCUACACGCCUGAGAUUGUCUUGAAAAAGCUACGCAGCGGUGCUCCUCUUAUGACGCCAGGCUUGGCUCGCGGACCGCCGUUCCCGUCCAAAGCAAUUAAGGACUCGAUUGUCGCCAUCGCCAGCCUCGACAAGCCCAGCGUGCCUAUGGUCGUGGGGAUCUGCGAGAUCGAUGUUGCUUCUCUGCAAGAGGUGAAAGGCGCCAAAGGACAUGCUGUCCGAGGGGAGCACUGGGAUGGGGAUGAGAUCUGGGCAUGGAGCCCAGCAGGCAAGCCUGGAGGAAGCGCCCCGGAACGCAUUGAAGGGUGGGAUGUGGAUACUACUGAUGCAAGCUUGAGGGGAGGCGUGGAGCACUUGACCAUUGAGGACGACGACGAUGAUGAUGAUGCUGAGGGGGGAGUAUCUCUCAAUCAGGAGCCCGAGCAGCACACGAGACUCGGAUCGCGGAAUGACUUUGUCGAAGGUGAAGACGCUAGGCCAUAUGAGGUAGUGGGAGAGGAGGACAAGGAGUUAUCAACUAAAGACAUCGAUGACGCUUUCUGGAAGGCCUUCAUAUACGGUGUCCACCACCACCGAAACACCCAUAAGAGCGAUCCACGUCAAGGCUUGAACUUCCCAAUUAACCAGUCACUGGUCAUCUCCAACUUCGUCCUGCCAUACUUACCAAUCUACUCGCCUGCCCAGGCGGCAUCCCUACACAUCAAGAAGACAAGCUGGAAGAACGCGAAAAAAUUCAUCAAGGCUCUGGACAAGCAGAAGCUUCUCAAGUCCAAAGACCGUGAUGGAGGCGAAUGCGUUGUUCUGGACAUUGCCUUUGAUGACGAAAUCUUUACUAGUUUCAAGCCUUACAAGUUGCCAACGAAAGACACGCCUGGUGCAGAGUCUGGCGGAGGUGGUGGAGGCAAAAGUAUCGCAGCAGGCGACUCUCCGAGUGACGACUCAAUUGGGCAAAAGCUCCAAAAGAUCAACCUAUUCAGACCCAAGGAGGCGUUCUCGCCAGUCUUCGAAGCAUCCAGUGCCAGUGUCAAAGCGCUCUAUCUGCCCACAGAAAUACGCCCGAUAAUUGCAUCCUACAUAGAAUCUGAAAAUCUGAUAUCAGACAAGAACAAGCGCUUGGUGAACCUCAACCCUAUUCUAGCAAACGCAGUCUUUGACGGCAAUUCCUCCCUAGACCGCGAAGUCAUCGCCAAAGGCAGCGUACCUCGUGACGCUCUCAUCGACCGUAUGUUGCAAGCCUGCUCGCCGUUCUGGGUCAUCCUUCGAAACAACGAAACAAGGGAGACGGUCAAAGCCAAGUCAGGAAAUGCUCCCAAAAUCCAAAUCACGCUUGAGACGCGUUCCGGUAACAAGACCGUGACCAAGCUAUCUGGUGUAGAGGUUUUCCACAUCAACCCGCAACCUCUGGCCGAGGAAUUGCAGAAAGCUUGUGCGAGCUCCACGAGCGUUGGCCAAUUAAUGGGCAGCAGCCCAAAGAAACCGGUACAGGAGAUCAUGGUUCAGGGCCCGCAGAAAGAUGCCGUGGUGAAGGCCUUAGAAAAGAGAGGCGUGAAUAGGCAUUGGAUUGAGGUCUUGGAUAAAACGAAGGGGAAGAAGAAAUAA